GGAUUAGAAGAGUUCAUCACGCUGCACAGCUGCAGAAUGUUAAAAUGGUUUAAUAUAUAAUUUUUCACUGAUCAUUUUGAAAGACCCUUAUUGGAGAUAAUCAUUCUGUCUGAUGAUGAACAGUAACCACAAUGAUGAUUCUGGACUUUCACAUGGAUAAAGCCCAUUUCUUCUUGAGUCAUAGGUGUUUCUAAGGUAAUAGUUUUAAUAUUUCUGUGGUGUCUGGUUGCCCCUGACUUAGCAGCAACCUGAGGAUAUAUGUCCUUUUGAAUGAUAUAAGCUUUGCGCAGUGGCAGUAUCGUAGCCAAUGAGGUUUAUCUGAGGCGCGAUUAUUGCUAAUUGAACACUUGAAUGAUAUAAAGUCAUAGGAGACAGGGAAGCCCACUGGCCUCAAUGUUUCUGAGGCAUUGAGUUUAGGAAUGUCUCUUCUGCAAGGGGACUUUAUUGAUAGGCCAUGUGAGGUCACUACCUGGGUGAGUUUGCUGGUGGAUGUCAUCUUAUCCUUUGUGACCCUUCGUCUUCCAAAUCUUGAUUGAAACCCAUCCUCAAUCUCAUCACACAGCUGUUAUGUCAGGAGCUUUCCCUUUCUAUCCCUCUCUUUGAGAUGGAAAGUCACAGAUUAUCUACCCAGACAGACUUCUCCAGAUAGGUUCUACUUACUCUGCAAUUUGUACACUAAGGAGCCUGAGCUACAAAUGCAGGGAGAAAGGAGAGCACACACUUCCAGGGGUAGUUGACUGAGUAGGAUCACAUCACUCUAAAAAGCCACCCCUCUCCCCUUUUUUUCUCUUCAGUGCAUCCUGGCAGCUCUGGAAUAAAGAAAAGUUGGAGGUUCUGUUGGGUGACGAGGCCUCCUUCAAUGAGAUAGUACUUUACAGAAUGAGUAAGGAAUCCUCAGUCUUAUCUCUUUCUGCCCUUCACUGCUGAUGCUGCAUUUGCAAGAUGCUGGGAAAGCCCAGACACAGAGUUGCAUUCAGAACACUUGAAUAGUUUCAGUAUUUAAUGAAGUUACAUGCACUGAAUAUUCAACUUCUGGAGAGGCCUCCACACCUAAACUAAUCUUUCAUGUGCAGCUAAAAUGUUUUCUCCUUGAAGCUGUCUCUUUCCCACAGAGACAAACUCUUUUUCUCUUCAUCCUUAACUCCAAAAAUCCAUCAUGUUUUUUCCUUUCCAGGGUUUGUCUGGGAGAAAUUUUGCUGUGACGGUGGUUCAGACUUUCAUAUGAAUUCACAAUCAUAGUGGGCUAUAUAGAGAGUGAAACCCUAUCUCAAAAACAAGUCCAGUAGGUCCAGUUUUAGAAGGAGGAGGUAGGUCUGAAGUGUUAAGUUCUACUUUAAACCUGAUGUUCAAAGCUUGUGGGCUGCUCUGGCAGUCUGUCUUGUCCUCAGAAAUGACCCUACCUUUCCAGGGACCAAGAAGUCAUAUGAUAUAUGGGCCACUUUAUAACCUCACCAUUCCAGCAGGGCCAAAGUUUAUUUUGCAGAUCUUGCAUUGGAGUAUGGCUUUUACGACACACCUUCCCCCAAAGAACUCCCAUUGAAUUUUAAAAACCAUUAAGCCAUCAAACCAGAUCCUGUGGUCCUAUGGCCAAAAAUCUGCAGUACAAUGAGUGAGUCUAGCAGCUUACCCUCCCAUCCUGACCAAAUCAGUGAACACAAAGGAAGGGCUUAUUUCAGGCUGGAUGAGAGGCCUGUGUCCUUCAACCCUGGUUUCCUGUGACCUUGGGGCUGCUGUAGAUUGAAUUUUCAGAAGGGUGGUUCAGAGAAGGCAAAUCUGAAUUCAGAAAGCAGUCUUGCUCUGGUCAACAGAAAGUCCUCUAAGACUGCAGUUACUAGAGGAAGAAGUUGGACACUGUUGGACUCAUGCACAUAUAACUAUCUGAUCAAACCCCACCCUGUGAAAUAGGGAUUGUCCUCAAGUUACUUUUAACGGACUGUAGAUGUUAAAUUACAGGAAUAGUCAUAGGGCUAGUGAUUAAACUAUAACAAAGAUAAGAUACAACCUAACUAUGUACUCUUCUAUACCAUGUCGAUUUCUCAGCAGAAGCAAGACAGUAACCUUUAGGAAGUCACUCUGACACAUUCUGUCAUCUAAUGUGAACAAGACAUACCAUAGUCUACCACUUCCCAUGGAUCCCAUUUGUGUAACUAUCAAGUCAUUAAAACCUCCAGAUGAAGAGCAAUUUUCAGCUGCCACCAGUCUCCAGUUUAAUAGAUAUGCACGUCAGGUUGGCUUUCAGUUCUGCCUCAGUCUCCUAAGUGCCAAGACCACAGACUUGGGCACACCUAGUUUUGAAUCUAGAUUUGUGUAUGCGUGCGUGUGUGUUCAUGUAAAAGAGAGAGGAGAGGGAGGUAAGGAGGGAGAGAAUGAAUGAAUUUAUGACCAAAACUCUAGUGGGGGUGGGCCUAGAUCUCACUGUGUAUGUAGCUCAGUGUUAUCUCAGGCUGACCUUGGCUCCACAGUUUCUCGGGACUUGGCCCCUUGAGUGUUGGGAUUACAGGUGUGAGCCACUAUGCUUGACUCUCAGUAUGAACAGUGAACCUCAACAUGAGUAGAUAGCUGUCACCAUGUUGUACACUAUGGUUCUUAGUCUUUUUCAGUUAAAGGCACAAAGAGAUCAUUUCUUCUACCCCCUUCUCUGGCAGAAAGGAAUUUGAUUUUCUCCACAGAUAUAAUCGGGUUUUUUUUUUUUUUCCAACUUCAAGUUCUUUCCACCUUAAUAACCAAGCAUUUACUUCCUCACCUAAACUAAGGGGACCGCGAAAGGCUUACAGAGUAAAUUAAACUUUAUUUCACUACAAAUUGUGUUUAUGCAGUUACCCUCCCCUCUAAUCUAAACUGACAGGAAAUGAAAUGAAGGCCUGUGAUUCAGCUACAAAGAAGUGUCUGCCUGAGUUGGUCACACCCAUCUUUUUCCAAGAAAAAAAAAAAAACCAAACCCCCCCACUAAGGUACAGUUUUCCCAUUUAGAAUGUGGCAACAUUGUGUCUGCUUUCAAAACUGCGGAAUGGAGACCAGUGUUAACAGUUGGGAAGUUAGAAAAUACCUUAUAGGGAAAAUAUUUGUUAAAGAAGACGCCAAUACUAUAAAUUUAAAUACAUACACAACUGAGUCAAAAACCAGUGUUGACUCCUAAACAGAUAAUGGCUUCGCGAAGGUCAGUUCUGCACUAAUUACCUUGGAUUGCUGCUUCCCCGCAUCUUAAGAAUGCAGAUUUGAGAUCCUACUCAAAGAUUAGCAUGGGUCCAAUCUGGCUCUCCUUGUUAGGAGGUCCCGCUCACUUUCCAAAAGAGAGACUAAGUUCCCCCUACCCAGUCUCUAAGUCUGGAACCCUCUAGGAAGCAGCCCAGACUUUCCACCACUCUCUUGCUCCCAUCACCCUAGCUUCCCGUUCCGCUCAGCCUCUGAGGGUGUACCCGGGCGAGCGCCGGGAGGGUGGAGAGUCACCGGGCGGGGCUGGAGGAAUGUCCGGGACCUAUAAAUCUGGGCAACGCCCUGGUAGGCCAGGGCAGAUGGGGAGACCUGGGCAGAAUUCCAAAAUGGGAUUAUGUAGCCUCUGAGGUCCUAAAGCAACAGGUGGCGGACCACCCGGGGAUCUAGGGGUGGUGGCGGCGGUGGACCCGAGGGCGGGUCCUGCCUCCUCACCACUUCCCCAUUGGCCAUCAGAAUGACCCAUGCGCAAUUUUGGUUUGCAAUGUCCUUCCGCCACGGAAGGUAGUCCCCCUCAAAAGGGCAACCUGCUUGUCCCGCCUACCCUGCGACUCUCUCAGAAGGUGCGGGUGCCUGUUGAGAGGCGGGGCUCUGCUAGCUGCUGCCCGGAUUGGGCGAGGGGCGGGGCUGCGGAGGGAUUGCGGCGGCCCGCAGCAGUGAUAACCUUGAGGCCCAGUCUGCGCAGCCCCGCACAGCAGCGACCCGUCCUAAGUCGACAGACGUCCUCUUUAGGUAUUGCAACAGGAUCUGAAGUACGCCCGAGGAUCUCAGAAACCAUGCCCAAGCCAGACAGCGAAGCAGGGACUGCCUUCAUUCAGACCCAGCAGCUCCAUGCAGCCAUGGCUGACACCUUCCUGGAACACAUGUGCCGCCUGGACAUUGACUCCGCACCCAUCACGGCCCGCAACACUGGGAUCAUCUGUACCAUUGGCCCUGCUUCCCGAUCUGUGGAGAUGCUGAAGGAGAUGAUUAAGUCUGGGAUGAAUGUGGCUCGGCUGAAUUUCUCUCAUGGAACCCAUGAGUACCAUGCAGAGACUAUCAAGAAUGUCCGUGCAGCCACAGAAAGCUUUGCAUCUGAUCCCAUUCUCUACCGACCUGUUGCGGUGGCUCUGGAUACAAAGGGACCUGAGAUCCGGACUGGACUCAUCAAGGGCAGCGGCACCGCAGAGGUGGAGCUGAAGAAGGGAGCCACACUGAAGAUCACCCUGGACAACGCCUACAUGGAGAAGUGCGACGAGAACAUCCUGUGGCUGGACUAUAAGAACAUCUGCAAGGUGGUGGAGGUGGGCAGCAAGAUCUACGUGGACGAUGGGCUCAUCUCCCUGCAGGUGAAGGAGAAAGGUGCUGACUACCUGGUGACAGAAGUGGAAAAUGGUGGCUCCUUGGGCAGCAAGAAGGGCGUGAACCUGCCUGGUGCUGCUGUGGACCUCCCUGCUGUGUCAGAAAAGGACAUCCAGGACCUGAAGUUUGGGGUGGAGCAGGACGUGGACAUGGUGUUUGCGUCUUUCAUCCGCAAGGCGGCUGACGUGCAUGAGGUUAGGAAGGUCCUGGGAGAGAAGGGCAAGAACAUCAAGAUCAUCAGCAAAAUCGAGAACCAUGAAGGUGUCCGCAGGUUUGAUGAGAUUUUGGAGGCCAGCGAUGGAAUCAUGGUAGCUCGUGGUGACCUGGGCAUUGAGAUUCCGGCAGAGAAGGUCUUCCUAGCUCAGAAGAUGAUGAUUGGACGAUGCAACCGAGCUGGGAAGCCAGUCAUCUGCGCCACCCAGAUGCUGGAGAGCAUGAUCAAGAAGCCACGCCCCACCCGUGCUGAAGGCAGUGACGUGGCCAAUGCAGUCCUAGAUGGAGCUGACUGCAUCAUGCUGUCCGGAGAAACAGCCAAAGGGGACUACCCUCUGGAGGCUGUUCGCAUGCAGCACCUGAUUGCCCGAGAGGCAGAGGCUGCCAUCUACCACUUGCAGUUAUUCGAGGAACUCCGCCGCCUGGCGCCCAUUACCAGCGACCCCACAGAAGCUGCCGCCGUGGGUGCCGUGGAGGCCUCCUUCAAGUGCUGCAGUGGGGCCAUUAUCGUGCUCACCAAGUCUGGCAGGAGUGCUCACCAAGUGGCCCGGUACCGCCCAAGGGCUCCUAUCAUUGCUGUGACACGCAAUCCCCAGACAGCCCGCCAGGCCCAUCUGUACCGUGGCAUCUUCCCUGUGCUGUGUAAGGAUGCCGUACUGGAUGCCUGGGCUGAGGACGUUGAUCUUCGUGUGAACUUGGCCAUGAAUGUUGGCAAGGCCCGAGGCUUCUUCAAGAAGGGAGAUGUGGUCAUUGUGCUGACUGGAUGGCGCCCUGGCUCUGGCUUCACCAACACCAUGCGUGUAGUGCCUGUACCAUGAUGAUCCUCUGGAGCUUCUCUUCUAGCCCCUGUCCCUUCCCCUCCCCUAUCCUAUCCAUUAGGCCAGCAACGCUUGUAGUGCUCACUCUGGGCCAUAGUGUGGCGCUGGUGGGCUGGGACACCAGGAAAAAUUAAUGCCUCUGAAACAUGCAAUAGAGCCCAGCUAUUUUUCAUGGCCCUACUUGAGCCAGGGGUGAAGGAGGAAUGCAGGAUUGGAAACCCUCUGACUUUAUCACAGAAGGGCAGCAUUAUCUCUGUGUUCUUUGCUCCUGUAGAAAGUUUUCCAGAGAAUUCCCAGCCCUGGCCUGGAAUCAGGAGACAGCAAGAACAGAGGCUGGGGGCCCAGGGUUCCCAUGUAGAUGACUUUUGGCCCUGUCCCUGACUUGCUUUCCCAACAGCUUUGGCCUCUCUCCUCGUGCACUCCACUGCUGUCCCUGCAGAUGUUCCACUCUCCACCUCGUACUCUGCAGCGUCUCCAGGCCUGUUGCUAUAGUGCCCACCUGAAUGUCAAUAAACAGCAGCGGAAGCA